UGAGAGCAUUAUGGCUCUGGUACUGAGUGCGGGUGAUAGGUAUAUGGAUCAGACGUUCAUCGUGAAUGAGAGUAUAUACAGAACUGAGUACGGAGACGAUGGAUAUGUGUCGCCGAUAUUGGCUACGUUACCGGCGUUGUACCGUGUAGAAGGUGUCGCAAAGGAUUAUCUGCUGCGACGGAUGAGUGCGGCAUUGAAUACCUGCCUUGCUACUGCUAACAUGGACGGGUCCUCUGUGGCUGUCCAUCCGCUGGAAAAGUCAUCGCAAGACCCUCAGCCGCCAGUGCCGGAGCUAUGUACAGAAGGAGAACGGGCAUGCUCUGCCCCUGUGCCUUCCGUUGCCAUCGCGGGCUGGCUACUUGGAUAUCCAGUCAUUUAUUGGCCUACAGAGGGUGAAUCUAGUGCUUUAGUACUGUCAGGUGCACAGCUCCGUGUCUGGCACGUCGGGGUGCGGAAGCGUGGGGAAGAAAGUGUGGCCAUGCAAUGGUCGUGUCCCGAGUGGUUGCACACCGCUACUGAAGCUGGUCAUGAUUCAACACGUCUUGUCGUAUGGGAAGAGUUGGAUAGGAGGCAUACGGAGAUUGGCGAGAGAUGGCGACGAAAGAUAGGGGAGUUGGAGAAUGGGUGUUGGGAGCUGAGAGUACUUGAAGAGUGGACUGGACGGAAUGGAAGAGGAGAAGAAGGUGUGAUAUUGGGUAAUGAGAACCGGGUCCAGUAUGGUAUCAAUUUAUAGCGCUUCCAUCAUGGUGAUUAUGUCCUGCUCGUGUACUCUCAUACGUGUGCCGUCGCGGCAUGCUCCCCCGACGACGGCGGUGGUGGCAG